AUGACGACAAUGGCGACGCAAGGGGCUUGGCUACGAAUGGCUGCAGUAUCAUCUUCUUCUUCGGCGAAGUCCGUCCUUAAGUCCACCGUGACUUCAUCGGAGCUUGGAUUUCUCACCUCCCAGCUCAGCGGCAUAAGAAUCUCUCAUGGUCCCAGUGACGUCAUCAGUCCUAUCUCCGUUCCUUCAUUCCCCGGUCUUCAGCCCAUCGUCGCACGGAGAAUCUGUCCUUUUACUGGGAAGAAAGCAAACAGAGCGAACAAAGUUUCAUUCUCUAACCACAAGACCAAGAAGUUGCAAUUCGUCAACUUACAGUACAAGAAAGUUUGGUGGGAAGCUGGGAAACGUUUCGUCAAACUCCGUUUAUCAACUAAAGCCUUGAAGACCAUUGAGAAAAAUGGACUCGACGCUGUUGCCAAGAAAGCCGGCAUUGAUCUUCGCAAGAAAUAG